AUGGCUGAUCUUCCAUCCGAACGUGUAUCUCCAGCGCCACCAUUCCUGAACGUAGGUGUGGAUUUCUGCGGACCGUUCCUGAUUAGCUAUCCAAUCCGUAGAUCCUUCCCUAGGAAACACUUUGUCGCAAUCUUCGUCUGCCUUGUAACGAAGGCAGUCCAUCUUGAACUGGUGAGCGAUUUAACUAGUGAAGCCUUUUUUGCUGCCUUCAAGCGAUUCGUGGCACGCAGGGGAAGACCAGUCCUAGUCAUGUGCGACAAUGCCCUGAACUUUGUUGGAGCCAAGCGUCAGUUGGAUGAAUUACGGCAGUUAUUCAUGGAUCAAGGAUUCCACGAUUCUGUUGCACGCGGAGCAGUAGAGGAAGGAAUAGAGUUUCGUUUCAAUCCGGCAAGAUCUCCCGAUUUCGGCGGCUUAUGGGAAGCCGCGGUGGAAUCGUUCAAAGGAAAUUUCAAGCGCACUAUCGGCGAAAGAAUGCUCCAGCAUGACGAAUGUCUACAGUGUUGCCACAAAUAG